AUGUGUAAGAACGCCUGUGUGAGAGAGCUUUUGAGCAGGACGGCUUCAGUCAGCCUUCGAGGCGUCGGCACCUCAGGCAUAGAAUUUGUGUACGUUUUGUCAUUUCCUCCAUUGGUACAAGCACGAUUUACCGCUGGGAAGGCUGGCAUUCGAAAUCCGGGAAACAAAUCGCUGCCUGUUGUACUUACGGCAGACAAUUCGCCGGUCAAUACAGACCGCAAAUCAUCGGAACUUUCGAAGCACACCACGCAAUUAGUUCCACAAGUCAACGCAACUCAGUCAUCAUAUGCAUCUCAUGCCGAUGGGAACAAACAAAACAAAAGCAACUACAGCCGACAUAUGAACGGUACGGCGCGACCACCGAAGCACAGCAUCAAUCCACCGAAUCUCAAUGCCAAGAAGUAUGUCACAUACGGCACCGACUCCGAAAGAACACACAACCCUCAUACGAAGACCUCUGGUGGAGUGGCUUACCUUCUAUAUUCUAGAUCGUCGGUGCUGCUCGCCGUUGCGUGCGAUAAAUCUGUCCGGCGAUGCAUGCAGAUCUAUCAUCUAGGUAAGCCUCGUGCAAUUCGAGACGUGCUUCAGGCAUAG